AUGUAUGGUGAUCGGGAGCAUGUGCUGUUGAUUUUCAUGAUUUUAGCAUUAAAUGAAAGAAAAUGGUACACGAAAACGUUAUCUUGGUCAUUUCGAGAUCCGUUCCAUCUUUUCAAAAACGACCAAAAAUUUGUCAUUGUUAAGGACGUUUUGUGGCAAGCUUUCGAUAAAUGGUCAAAGUCAUCUAGAGGUGCUUUAGUAUUCAAAAAUCGAUCCCCUUCGAACUAUAUUUCAAUGAAUGUUGGCGCAAAUCUAGAUAUUUUCUUUGCCAAGUAUGCACAUGGUGAUAAGGAGUCAUUUGAUGGAGCUGGUGGCAUUGUAGCACAUUCAGGGUAUCCUACCGAUGGUAUCAUUCAUUUCGAUGGUUCUGAAUUUUGGUCAAUUGAUGGCCGUUAUGGCCUUGACCUCCGUUAUGUUGCAUUACAUGAAAUUGGCCAUGCUCUUGGACUCAGGCAUUCUAACGAUCCGAAAGCAAUCAUGAAUCCUUACUACAAUGAUCAGAUGAAAAAUGAUCUCGAACUUGGAGAAGAUGAUAUUUUUGCUAUCAGAAAACUUUAUGGAACUUGA